GGGCACUGAUGAUCAAUGUACCCUGAUGAUCAGUGUGGCCCCAGAAGUGCCACCUGUCAGUGCUCAUCAGUGCCACGUGCCAGUGCCCAUCAGUGCCACAUGCCAGUGCCCAUCAGUGCCAUAUCAAUGCCACAUAUCAGUGCAUAUCAGUGCACAUCAAUGCCACAUAUCAGUGCCCAUCUGAGCUGCCUUUCAGUGUCACCCAUCAGUGCCAGUCAGUGCAGUUUAUCAAUGCCAAUCAGUGCCACCUAUCAGUGCUGCCAAUCAGUGCCACCUAUCAGUGCCAGUCAGUGUCGCCUAUCAGUGCCAUCAGUGCCAACUAUCAGUGCCAGUCAGUGCUGCCUACCAGUGUCAUGUAUCAGUGCUGCCUUUCAGUGCCCAUCAGUGAUGCCUGUCAAUGCCCAUCAGUGCAACCUACCAGUGCCUCCUCAUCAGUGCCCAUCAGUGCAGCCUAUUAGUGCCCAUCACUGCAGCCUCAUUAGCGCACGUCAGUGAAGGAGAAAAA